AUGGUCAAACGAAACAAGCUCAAGCGCGCUGAACGGAGGGCACCCGAACCAGGUAUCGAAGUCGACUUUGAACCUACUCCCACCACCGAGAAGCCUGCAGAGCCUUACAAGCCAUAUCAACAUUCACAGCAGCAGUCGUCCGCACCGAGGAAAAAGGACGGAUCAGUGGCGCUAGGCAAGACAGCAAGAGCGAAGAAGGCAAAAGCGAUCGAAAGGGCAGACAAGACCAAUCAGAAGUUCGUAGUCAACAAAGCUAAGGCUGAAAGAAAGAAGUUGAUCAAGUCCUGA